GGACUGUAUACAAAUAAUAUUUAUUUGUAUCUCCAACAAUUUUUUGCAUCAAACUGUGGUCAAUAUCAAACGAAAAUAAUGCAGUGGUCUAUUUUCAUUAUCUUUUGGUAAAUAUGAAUUGAGACCAGAGGCACUUGAGUCAAAUGUGAAUCUUUUCGCCUCAAACCACUUCACUCUCCAUCUUCGCUCUUCAAAAGAAAAAAGUGCAGUUUAAGCACACCCCUAUAUAUACUGUGACAUAAAGACAGAACAGAAAAAGAAAUUUAUUGGCUGUAAAGCACACCACUGUUGGGGAAAGGGCUUACUCAAAAUAGAUGUCCUGUCUGAACGUACAGAGUAUAUAUCAGUAUGAUCUUAUUGAAUAAAGAGUAAUUAAUUUCAAAAGUAGGGGUGGCGCUUUACCGUUUCUUUACAGGUAACGCAGUAACGCAUGUGUUAUUGCGUUACUGGCAACGAGUAACGUAUGCGUUACUCGUUAUCAGUAACUACUAACGAGAUGCGUUUAUUUUUCAUAGCGAUUGUGUUGAUAAUGAUUCAUGACCAAGCAACUGAUAUUGACCAAGUGAUAAUGAUUCAUGUGCCAAAAAAUGUAACAACUAGUAUCUUGCUAAUUUAGCCAGUAGAGAAGAUGAAGGGUAUAUUUUUCGUUGCCGCAAAUGUAAAUAUACAAAAUCAAUUAGAAACGGAACAUUUUUUGCAAAUUCACACUUAUCAUUACGUCAAAUCUUUGGGGUAAUUGGGCAAGAGAAGAAGAUCUAUCAAGCAAUUAUCCCAUGAAUUAAAACUUUUGUCAAAGCAUCACGAUCAUUUACUGGAGAAACUUUUGCCGCGAUAUAUGCGCAAUUCAUUACGUUAAUAAUCCACAAAGAAUAGAAGGUAUGUCUCUAAUGAUUAUGAUGAUAAAUGAUAAUUAUGACAAGUAAUAUUUCAUUUAGGUCCAGGACACAUUGUUGAAAUUGACGGAAGUUGUUUCGGCAAAAGAAAAUAUCAACGUGGUCGUCUUCUAAAAACACAAUGGGUCUUCGGUGGCAUUGAUAUUAACACCAGAAAAUGUUUUUUAGUACCUGUCGAUCAGCGUGACGCUACAGCAUUAUUACCAAUAAUUGAAGAAUAUGUUUUACCAGGUAAUGCUGAUGCGAUUUGUGAUCUAUCAAAUCAAAUAAUGUACUUCUUUAUAUUAGGCACAACAAUCCAUUCUGAUGAAUGGAGAGCAUAUAAUGCCCUACGAAAUAAUCCUGAUUAUAUACAUUUAACUGUCAAUCAUUCGAUCAGUUUUGUUAAUCCAAAUACUGGGGUACAUACGCAAAAUAUUGAAAAUACAUGGAUGUUAGCAAAAAGAAAACAUAAAAAGCAAGGUGGUUUCAAUCGACACUUAUUACAAACGUAUUUAGAAGAGUUCAUGUGGCGACAAGAAUUUGGCGAUGAGCCAUUAAAAAAUUUAGUUUUACAAAUUAAUUCUCUUCAUCCUGUUCAAUAA